AUGGUAAAUGACAUGGAAUUAAGGAUGGACUUUGCCCUGGUUUCAGCUGGGAUAGAGUUUCCCAGUAGCGGCAAGGUCCGGGCGGGCGGUCGGACAGUGGGAGGGCGUCCUCCCCUCCUCGGCAGGAAGGCAUCCCGGCGCGGCCCCCGCCGCUUUCAGACUGCGGCCGCGGCGGCAGCGCGGUCCCCGAGCACCGUCAGCGCAGAGCGCCGGGGGACGGACCCGCCCGGGGGCGGCCCCAGCGCUGCCGCUGCGAUCCUGACCCCGGGGACAGGCAGCGCUUUGGGCUGUUCCUUGGGGCGGAGCUGGGCACAGCCAGAGCGUGUGUGUGUGCCGGGGGCUCCUCAGAGAGCUGCUGCCUGCAAGCGGUGCCUUAGAGCGCCGGGGAACGGACCCGCCCGGGGGCGGCCCAGCGCUGCCGCUGCGAUCCUGACCCCAGGGACAGGCAGCGCUUUGGGCUGUUCCUUGGGGCGGAGCUGGGCACAGCCAGAGCGUGUGUGUGUGCCGGGGGCUCCUCAGAGAGCUGCUGCCUGCAAGCGGUGCCUUACACCGGCGGACGGCAUCAGCUGCAGCUGGAGACGCUCCGAACAGCAAUACCCCAUGGCACUUAAACAAACAGAGAAGAGCCCACUUUCUUCCCAGAUUCUGGGUCUCAGUGACUUUUCAAGGGCUUCCCAUGAAGUGCCACUGUCUGGGUACCCCAGGAGGUGGAUCAAAGAGACUGAUUCAGCCUACUUGAGGCUGGCAAAACAAGGAGGCCGACCUGACCUACUGAAACACUACACUCCUGUGGUAAUGAAGACCCCUCCAGCAGCAUAUGCUGCACCUGACUGGUUCUCACACUGUGCCAAUCCCAGAGGGAUUGAGAAGCCACGGAGGUGUGUUUUCUCUCUACCAGAUUAUAUGGUUCACAGAGAGUUUAUGGCUGAUGACCACCAUGGUAACAGUUAUGAGACAAGAAGAGGUCCUUUUGAUUUUGAUACAAAAAGUGUUUGGCAGCGGGAAGCUGAGGACAAAGAAAAUGCAGAGAAAAAGAAGGUAAAGCUCCCACCUAUAAGCCCUAAAUAUCCAAGCAGAAUGCCAACUGUUUCUACAAACAAGGAAUUUAGUGGAGAAAAUAAGCUUUCCUUCCCACCCAUGCCUGCUCAGAGAAAAAGUGAAGCUGUAAAUUUUAGCAAAUUAAUAAGCAAUGGCUAUGCAACUGACUGGUUUCAGCAGUGUACUGGAUGGGAAAAAAAGACUGAAGAAACAUCAGAAAACUGUGAACACUCCGAAGAUUCAGAACGAUCUGAAUCACCACCUGCAAGCAAUGAGAUAAAGCCACCAUUUCAGGGAUGUAAUAAGUAACUUGAUGGACUGUUGGGGAAACUAAAGCCUUGCAUUGCUUAUAUAACCCAC